UUAUUAACGGAGCCACGUUAGUGGCGACAUUGGCCUUACGCUAGUAACCCGAACGGAGUGGGACUGUAGCGUAAGUCUCGAGACUUGUCUCGAGGCUAGCGUGUGAGCGAUGAAGUCGCGAGCACGGCUCUAGUGCUCUGGGCUCCCCCUUCCCUACGGAGCCACGGUAGUGGCGACAGUGGGCUCACGCCAGUGACCCCGAACGGAGUGGUCAGAGGCGCAAGCCUCGAUCCUAGACCUGCUCCAACAAGUCCGGAGUUACACGGUGUUUGGUGACGUCACGGUUGUGACGUCACGGACAGGUCAUGACAAGAGCACUGCGAACAAUGGGACGCAGAGCGCGAUGAGUGAGAGACCUUUGGACGAGUUGGAACACGAAACGUUUGUUGCUUUUUGAUUGGUGGAGUGGUAAACAGUCAUGACGUGUUGUGGAUACGGGUUCAUCGGGUGUAUAAAAGUCGGACACUGCUGUGUUUGGAAAUCAUUCACCUACCAACAACCGAAAACAUCAAAAUUCUGCUCAAUAUCACCAUCAUCGCACUAAACCAAUCAUGGCUGCAGCAUCAGGCAACAACGCACCUCCGUCUUCCCCAACUAGUGAGUCGGUGAAAGGACCGUUUGACUGCGUGAAGAAGUUAACCCAUGCCCAAGUCAAGAGAGGAUGGCGCGAAGGUUUCAGCACCACCGAAAAUAGAUCCUACUAUUACAAUAUAUUCACAAGAGAGAGUGUGUGGUCCAUACCUACCAUCCUACUGCAACAGGAAGAAAGCGAGGUGGACUCCGGGCCGGCAGAGGACUUGCUGGCGGCUGCCAUGACAGAGCUGACGGGUAACCCACCCACGGACCUCUCCAAGCCCCCUUUCAUCAAGGGAAAGCCGACCAAGAGAAAGUUCAGCCCCGAUCCCGACCAGCAGGAGAACGAGAAGAACGCCGUCAGAUUCGAAAUUGGAGGCUCAUCAAAUCAGGACAUCAUCGACCGACGGGUAAGGGUGAGAACACUCACCAAACGCAUCCUGACCAAACUCAUCACGGACGAGAUACUCCAGCUAGUGUAUCAUACGCAAAAACGACUGGGCUGCGAGGGGUGUAAAAAGGACUGGCCGAGUCUUUUUGAGCACGCUUGCACAUUUUUUGGUAGGAAUCCUCCAAAUCACAUCGACGACUAUAUACCUUUGUACUUUGAGGAGGUGCUGGCUUCGCUGGACAAGAAACGAGUACGACCAAUAUUUCUAGCGGUCGCUAGCCUACUGGGAGCUGGUUUAUUCAUCGGAGAAGGAAUGAACUUGGACACCGAAUUGAGUGAUUUGAUCGAAGACAUUUUAAAUGAUUGGAAGGAUGAUUUAGAAGAAAUCGGUUACUCCUUCUACUCGUCUUUGUUCGACAAUACUACCGAACUCAUUCAGAACACAGUAGAUAUCAUAGAGUAAAUGACCCGACAAUGUUUGCUUACCUUUUAAUUAUUAUUAUUAUUAUUAUUUUUUUUAAAUUGUUUCCCUUUUUUUUAUAUUUUUUUAUAUUUUUUUAUUUACGUGUUAAGUUUAUGGUGGAGGGUUAAUAAAAAGAUUGCUUGAAUAAAACAAUUCUGAUAUGUUGUAGUCACAAAAGAAGAACCUGCCUCUUGUGUG